AUGCUCCGUUUUGUAAGUGGAAAACAUCGAUGUACAACCAUAAGCAAGCUUCUAGCGUGCCGGUCCUAUCCAUCCAUUCUCUCCAAAACUUUCCACCUUCGACAGAUCCAAACCUCAACUUUGGCGUCCCAACAUGCCAUUUCCAUGGCUCAUCCCAUAGAGAAAAUCCUUCUAGAUCCUGCCCAAGAAGACUCUUUUAUUGAAGCUCUACGAACACCAUCUGGUCGCAAAAAUUCUCCAUCAUUGUAUAUUCUAUUUUCCAAUGCCAUCGACAUGGCGUCGAGUGAGUUAUCGCAUGAAGCAUACAAGUUGGUUUUGAAAACGUGGGAAACUGUCUUCUCCAAGAACUUCGAUGACGUGAAGCUUCAAAAGCGGUUCUUGAAACUCAAACCCAAAGUAAUCCAUUUAAUGAUGAACAGAGGCGAUUACGCAUCUUACACUCGUUUGGUUCGCCCCAUCUAUAACAUGAAGCAUCUUGGCGCAAAGUCAGAAUGGGCAGAUGUACUCAUGUCCACACUCCAGCUUUCCACAGACGCUUUGGGAAUUGUCAAAGCAAAUCAUUCGGUCAUCGAAGCAUUUUUGAGAAGCGAAAAACAUCACAUUGACGACAAGAGACUCUUAAUCGCAACAUAUGUCCGAAAAUGCAUGUUGCACUCGGCGCAGUCACUCAACUUCGACAUUGUCUUGCUGAACUUCAUAUCCUUCCUCGGCCUCGUGGGCGACGGAAAUUUGCAUUUAACUCUGUCAGAACAUUUAGUCUACGAACUGUCCCUUCGGUUGCUAGCACUUCCGUACGAAGGCGUAUCAAUCCGAACACACAUCGAAAACAUUGAGCGCAUUGUGGAAAAGAAGACCGGGAAUGACAAACACCUGCUUUCGCUCUUUAUGUCUUCUUUACUAGCAUCCAUCGCAAAAACUUAUCCAAGCAUGGCCCACCAUUACUGGAACUUCAAGAAAGACCACUUAUCCACGGGCCUCUUGCUGUAUAUUACACCUGAAGACCUUCUCAAUGUGAUGUGGGCGUAUUUUUCCGAGAAAAAGUACGAAACAGUGCUAAGAGUGUAUGCUGAUCAUCCAUCGUUGCAAAGAGACGACCAGAUCAUCGUGCUAUUAAAAAUCAGUGACAAGACAAAGGACUGGCGGCUUCUUCAACUGCAGUUCGAAGACAUGUAUGGUCGUGGAGAAUUACCGUAUGUGGCGCAUUAUAUGGUUGUCAUGAACGCUUUGGCUUCUAUUGGGGCUACUUCGGAGGUCGAUAAGUUGUACGAGCAAUUGCGUAAAAGAAACUUGGCGCCGACUCCUCUGAUUUUUUUGGCGCUCAUCAAAAGCAGGCUUAAUGUUAACGACGAUGCUGGGGCUCGUUUGUGGUUUGACACCUUCUUGCAAAAAGUGACGAGUGGCGAAUUCCCAGGUGAUAGCAUCCCGAAACUACAGGCGGAGAUGUUCUCCAUGAAUUAUUUCAAAGGCGACGUGGGUUCGGCGAUGCAAGCGUUUCAAGAAAUCAUUAGGCAGCUGGAAUCGUCUCAGGUUCAGCUUAUUGAUGCCAAAAUCGCUGGAAAAAUGAUCGAUUUUGCAUCUUCAGUCUACGCUACAAAAGAACUCGACGCUAUUCUCACUUUGGCUAGCCGUCUCAAUAUAGUGGAUGAUACGGUGUAUCAGAAGGCUGUUGACGCUCUAAUGAAAUUCGGUCAAUUUGAGAAAGCGGAAGACUUACUUUUCAUGGCCCAUGUGGACUCUGCGGUUCCUUUUUCCAAUUCUUUAAUCACAAAGGCUCAAAUCAAAAUGUACCGAACAUGGUUCAAGUCCACCCCAGAUACACAGCUUCGUCAGCUCUUGGCUCAGAAAGUCACAGGCAUAAUUAAAAGAAUUGAUCGUGGUGACGUGAGUCCUCGAAACAAAAACCAGUUAUUGGUGGAAGUAAUCAAGCAUUUUGUAUCGUUACGAAAACUUCGAGCCGCCCGCUCGUAUUUGGAGGAAGCUCAACGCACAAACGGAUUAAGCGAACUCCAUUUCCUUCCAUUUUUCAAGCAUUUCUCGGAAUUGCACACAUACGAGGGCCACGCACAAGUCUUGGAACUUUAUCGAGAAAUGGUCAAACUGAAAGUUCCCAUUAGUGCAAGCUCUUACUAUUAUCUCAUCAAGUCAUUGCUUCAUAUGGACAAAGUCAACAAUACCAGCUAUGAAAACUCGUACAAUUUGUUGGAGUCUGUUUUCGAGUUGUACGGCUUCUCGUCUGUGGAUAACAUUGCCGGUAAAAAGUUGCCUGUCAGCGAAAUUGCCCAGAAUUCGGUUCUCUUGCUCAAAAUCGUUUCAGCAUAUGCGGUCGCCACCGCCCUCAAAAAGGACACAAUGGACAUAGUGGUGAAGUUUCUCACGCAAAUCAAGCACAAGCUCGGCUCUCACAUUUCGUUCGAGUUUCGUGUGUCCAUAUUGUCAGAGAUGAGCCACAUCUACUAUGCUCAAGGCGACUUGGUGUCGGCAGAAAAAAUGGUAGAUAAUGCGCUUUCUGAGCUUCAUGAUAUCAUCGAUACACUUCAUCUUAGGGCCGUGCCCAAGCUCUUGCAACUUCAGUAUCGGAAACUAGUGACACACAAAAUCCGUCUUUUGCGGGCAACACAGGCGGGAGAAGAAAAAUACGAACAAAUGUUGGAGGCGGUUUGCAAGCGAAAUAUCCGUCUUUCCGGGCCCCAGUUCUCCCAGCUAACGAUUGGAUCUAUGCAGAAAACUGUUACGUUGAAGAAACUUCGCCAUGCUCUAGCAGUAUGUGAAAAGUUCUUGGUCUCGGGCAACUGGAUUGAGAUCAAGAUAAACCGCAAGAUCCAGUACAUCUAUAAGCUUCUUGUUGUAUACUUGCGUCGCUCCUUGAGUGCAGACAGCAUCCAUCAAAAGUACAAGUUGCUCAACGACUUUUACAACGUUCGAGAUUUCACCCAACUCGAGCGAGAGUUUGCGCAUAUUCUGGAUCCCCAGCAGACCCUUUCAUCUGAGCUUGCUGAGUUCAGCCGACUUAGCCCACCCGAAACCUGGACACUUCUGGCUCUCUUGCAGAAGACACCGGAAUUUUUCAUUCCAGGACGGCGGAUUUCCACCAAAAACAUCAUCGAGCCAUCUUUGGCUUCGGUCCUCAUUCGGGCAGUGGAGAUUUACUGCGAUGGUGAUAUGAAAAAGGCUUUUGGCCUAUAUGACGACUUUCCGGAGACUAUGGAGUAUCUUCUAUACUUUGGCCCCGAACGCGCUCGGUUCCAGCAUUUCUAUUCUUCACUCAACCAGUUGGCGCCAGUCUCGACACAAGAGGAUGUGAAGACGAAGCGUGACAGAGCAGUCCACGCUCUUCGCCAUCUUCAAAUCUCAACCGACACUGUGUGA